ACCCGGCCGGCACCGCGCGCGCGCCGUGGGUCUUGCAACCCAGCCGCCGAGUAGCUAGGUAGCAGGGCGAGUGGUAGUAUGAUGGAGGAGGAUCAUGCGGCGUCGGUGGCGGCGCCGUUGCUGUGGCCGCGCGGCGUCGACGGCGGGGCGGCGGCGAAGCGGCGUUGGCAAGGCGGCGCCGCGAGGGUGGCGGCGGAGUGGUGGGUGGAGUCCAAGAAGCUGUGGCGCAUCGUGGGGCCGGCCAUCUUCCAGCGGAUCGCGCUGUACGGGAUCAACGUCGUCUCGCAGGCCUUCAUCGGACACAUGGGCGACCUCGAGCUCGCCGCCUUCUCCAUUGCCUCCACCGUCGUCGCCGGCUUCAACUUCGGAUUCCUGCUGGGCAUGGCGAGCGCGCUGGAGACGCUGUGCGGGCAGGCGUUCGGCGCCAAGAAGUACCACAUGCUGGGCGUGUACCUACAGCGGUCAUGGCUGGUGCUCCUCGCGUUCGCCGUCCUGCUGACGCCGACGUACGUGCUCAUGGAGGACCUGCUGCUGCUGAUCGGGCAGCCGGCCGAUCUGGCCAGCCUCGCCGGCAGGAUGAGCGUCUGGCUGCUGCCGCAGCACUUCGCCAUGGCGAUGCUUCUCCCGCUCACGCGGUUCCUGCAGAGCCAGCUCAAGAACUGGGUGACCGCGGCCACCGCCGGCGUCGCGCUCGCGCUGCACGUCGUGAUCACCUACCUGGUCGUGAGCCACCUCCAGCUGGGCCUCCUCGGCGCGGUCGCCACCGCCAACGUGGCGUGGUGGCUCGUCGUGCUGGGCCAGCUGGUCUACGUCGUCGGCGGCGGGUGCCCGCUGUCGUGGAAGGGGUUCUCCAUGGAGGCGUUCGCCGAUUUCUGGGAGUUCAUCAAGCUCUCCUCGGCCUCCGGAGUGAUGCUUUGCUUGGAGAACUGGUACUACAGAGUGCUGGUGUUGCUUACAGGGUAUCUGAAGAACGCUGAAAUCGCUGUGGACGCGCUCUCCAUAUGCUUGACGAUCAACGGAUGGGAGAUGAUGAUUCCAUUUGGCUUCUUGGCUGCAACUGGCGUGCGGGUGGCGAACGAGCUCGGCGCCGGCAGCGGCAAGGGCGCGCGGUUCGCCGUCGUCGUGUCCCUCACCACCUCGGUGGCGAUCGGCCUCGUCUUCUGGUGCCUGAUCAUGGCCUACAACGACGUGAUGGCGCUCCUCUUCUCGUCGAGCAGCGUCGUGCUCGACGCCGUCCGCAGCCUGUCCGUGCUGCUCGCCUUCACCGUCCUCCUCAACAGCGUGCAGCCGGUGCUCUCAGGGGUGGCUAUUGGUUCAGGGUGGCAAGCACUCGUCGCCUACGUCAACGUCGGCAGCUACUACUUGGUCGGAGUUCCCCUUGGCGCCAUAUUGGGUUGGCCAUUGAAUUUCGGAGUUGGCGGAAUUUGGUCCGGGUUGAUUGGUGGGACAGCUGUUCAGACACUAGUAUUAGCCUAUCUCACUGUCAGAUGUGACUGGGAUGAAGAGGCAAAGAAAGCCAGUACAAGGAUGGAAGUAUGGGCCAGCACAAAAAAAUGAUGCAACUAACAGUUUGUGCUAGUGAGGUUUCUUGGACACACAAAGCACAAAGGGAACACUGGAAUGUGCAGUAGAAGAACCGCUACUUCUGCUCAGUAUAAGAGGUAAACUGAUCAGAAUAGAUCAAGGGAAGAGAGCAUUUGGAAAGAAAACAGCUGGUCUGUCCGCAAGUAUACCGCCUUGUCUGCGGAUCACAUAUAAACAUAUUCACGUUACCUUAGGCUGCAGGCAGCCAGUUUCUGAAGACGCUCGUUUGCCAAAGAGACCGUCGGUGCCGUCAGAAAAAUGCAUAGGAUUGUCUAGGGUGAUAAGUGUGAAUUGUGAUUCUAUUAUUAUUAGCAUUGUAACCCUGAAUUUUGCACUACGGUUGCAAGUUGCAACAUGUAAGUACUUGGUACCAUUUAAAGGAUGUUGGCAUUGCUGCCCGCCUGCCAACAAUAAAAUUUGUCUUUUUCUUUGGACAUGAUUCAUGAAUAUUCCGGGGUUUUUUUUAAGGAAAUUA